AUGUCAAUGGUAAUACACCAAGCCUCCAAUCCGGAGUCUUUCAAACAUUGUGAAUGUCGCAACGCCAAGGAGCUCAUUCAGAUGAUCCGUUCCGAUGCCGUAGAGUUUGUCGAGGCCUCGUGGCCAGAUGAUAUGGGACUCUGGUAUAGCACCACCAUUCGUUCCCACGAGGUUAGUCUCCAGAAUCUCGUUGAAGGCAUCAGAUUCUACGAUCAAAUCCUCAUGGUAGAUUCCUCAUCGGCUCGUCUUGACCUCACCAAGAAACACAAGACCGUAUUAGUACGUUGUUCAAGUAUCAGUCGUCCAAUCUCUGCACCUGUUACCAGCAAAUAUCAACAACAACAACAAGUCGCCCCAUCAACAUCAAACUUUGCUGCUUCGACCGUUCAACCUUUAUCACUGAACAAAGCAAUGUUCUCGUUCUCAUCUUCAUCCACCUCGCCGUUGCCCUCGCCAACACAACGCCAACAGUUGUCGCCACGACUUGCAAACUUCAGUAAUGGCUCGCCAUUCCCGUCCUCCGAUGACUCUUAUUUCGAGUCUGCGAAUGACGACGAUGAGUCCUAUGAUGAAUCAAGCUCAUCCUGCGAAGAGAUUGGCGAUGGCGAAGUCUAUAGAAGUCCACCGAUGCCAACUUCAAAACUGUCAUUCCUCAUUGAUGAGUCUGAGCGAUCGUUCAAGAAACAAAAGACAACAAAGAGCAGUUCAAAGAAGGCUGCUACUCUGCAGUCUACGCAGCAGCAGCAACACCAACAACAACAACAACACAUACAGCAAGCAAUAGUUAUCCAACCAUUGUCACCAACCGCCAACUAUAGUAGCUCCUCCGAGUAUUCAGAUCCACCCUCGUCACCGUUAUCGUCAGACUCAUCUUUAGGCAAACGUAAAGAUGCAGACUGGUUAGAACUCCCAAAGAACCGGGUCGAGCUGGUGCCCGAUCUCUCCAAUCCAAUGAUUUUAGCAAGUAAAAUGGACAGAGUAGCAUCCGAAAGUGCAGGAAGUGUUCCAAACUCUGAACUAUCCAUCGACAAUACUGAAAGAUUAAUUAUAGAAGGACAAAUUCAAUUGCCACCCCUUCUUAGACCUCGUCAGUAUCAUGCUUGUAAAAUCCCAAAGGAAGAAAGACCUUCCAAACGUAGAAAGAAUCAUACAACAUUGUUUUGUAGACAUUGUGGCACCAAUGACACUCCGGAGUGGCGUAGAGGUCCAGACGGUCGUAAAUCACUUUGCAACGCGUGUGGCCUCCAUUAUUCUAAAACUGUAAAACGAGAGAAUAUGACUCCACAAGCUCAAACCAAAAGAUUUGAUAUUACAAAUCUUUUAAAUCCUUGUGAUGUCUAA